UCUAAAAAUUAAAAAUCUCACGCCCCAAAUUUGACCAUCCUACAAAUGACCUGAAACAAAUGAAUUUUUCAACUCCAUGUUGUUAAAUAACAAAGAAAAGUAAACAAAAAUAUUAUAAAAAAAAUAAAAUAAAACAAAUUUUAGUCUAGGAAAAACGAAACAAAAAUGUUAGAAACACCACUGAAUGAGGUGGACAACUAUGGCGGUAGCCGUACAUUUACCUGGUUGGCAGAUCUUUCCGGUCUAUCAAUUGAUGUGAUCACUUCGCAUCAAUUCCUAUAAAACCCAAUUUCCCUCCCUGCUUUUGGUUGAAAACUGUUGCUCGCAAACGAAUGAAUUCUUAGAACCGAUAGAACAAAUCCAAUAUAAGUUUGGUAAAUUUUAUAAUAUGCCAAAUAUCCGCAAUCUUCCUAGCAUCACUAUUUCGUUCAGUGCUACAUCCAUCCAAAGUAGCUUCAUCAGUGCGUCAUAUAGUGGCUUUAAGUAUUGGUCUAGUUUUUGGUUAUUUCUGCUUUGGACCACAAGCCAUACAUAUUGCCGGUCUUCCAGCUGCAUGUUAUGUAGUCAUACGCACACAAAGUCCAAAAGUUGUACAAAGGGGCGUUAUGAUUGUAGCCAUGGCUUAUUUGCUAACCAUACAUUUGUUAAGACAAAUAUAUGAUGAUGGUUCACAUACAUUGGACAUAACUGGUCCACUUAUGAUAAUAACACAAAAAGUUACUAGUUUGGCCUUUAGCAUACAUGAUGGUUUUGUAAGACAAACAAAGGAUCUUACUAAAGCCCAACAAUAUCAUGCUGUUAGUAAAUUACCCUCAGCUUUAGAAUACUUUUCAUACGCCUUACAUUUUCAAGGUUUAAUGGCUGGUCCAUUGGUAUUCUACAAAGAUUAUAUUGAUUUUGUUGAGGGUUGCAAUCUGCUUAAACCCACAAAUACAAAUGGAAGCGUGGACAAUGGCAAAACUCAAUUGGUGCUAGAACCUUCACCGGUGAAAACGGUGGUGAAAAAAGUUAUCGGCAGCUUUAUAUGCGCCUUUAUCUUUAUGAAAUUCAUUAAAAUGUAUCCCAUAAAGAAUAUGAAAGACGACGACUUUAUAAACAAUACCAGCAUUGUGUAUAAAAUAUGGUAUGCCAUGAUGGCUACCACCUGCACACGUUUUAAGUAUUAUCAUGCCUGGUUAUUGGCCGAUGCCAUAUGCAAUAAUUCAGGCUUAGGGUUUACGGGUUACGAUAAGGAUGGCAAUGCCAACUGGGAUCUCAUUUCUAAUAUUAAUGUUUUAGGUUUUGAAUUUGCUACAAAUAUGCGUGAUGCCAUUAACAAUUGGAAUUGCGGCACAAAUCGUUGGUUACGCACCAUCGUCUAUGAACGUGUGCCCAAGAAAUAUGGCACCAUUUUAACUUUUGCUUUAAGUGCUGUCUGGCAUGGUUUUUAUCCCGGCUACUAUUUAACAUUUGCCACUGGAGCUCUAAUGGUAACCUCAGCUCGUAUGGCUCGCCGUAUGUUCCGUCAUCGUUUCCAACAAACACGCAUGACACGUAUGCUUUAUGACAUUUUGACAUGCCUGACAACUCGUAUUGUUAUGGGUUACGCUACAUUCCCAUUUGUUCUGCUUGAAUUCAUGGGCAGCAUUAGAUUGUACCUGAAAUUUUAUUUGUGCCUUCACAUUGUUGCACUCAUUACCAUUUUUGUUUUACCCAAAUUCAUACGCGGCGAAAGACGUCCACACCCACCACAAUCAUCUUCCAAAACAUCACUGGGUGGUGAGCAGGAAAAGCCCCUCAUUUUAAAUAAUAUCAAAAAGAAUGAUCGCGAUGAGGUGAAAGAGUCCGAAAACGAUAAAACAGCUAUUAAGGCAGCUGCAAAUGUAAACACAUCCUAUUCAACAACAAAUACUAAUGAAUUACCCGAGGCCGAACAAAGGCAUACGCCUCCCGUACCACCUAAAUUACCUCUUGUAAAUCCCGGACGGGAUGCCGUAAGUGUGCCCCACGAUCAGUGCGAAAUGGAUCAAUUGUCUAGCAAAAUCAAAGAAAAAAUCGAAGCUGAAACUAAGAACAUUGAGGAGUUCAUUGAUAAGACUGUAACGGAAACUGUUACGGGUAUUGUGGAAUUUAAAAAUGAUUUAAUGCGCGAAAUACCCAACGGUUUACGCAAACGUACCUCUUUGGCUACAACCGUUAGUGAUGUAGUAGCUGGUGCCACCGGCAAGCCAUCACCAGAUGAGAGUGCUGCUUUUCUUAAGAAAGAAAUAGAAGUGAUUAAUGCUGUCGUCCAACAAGCCAACGUUUUGCCAGCUGUUUUAAGUAAUGGUCAUGCAAAAUAGCAACUAUAGGCAACAGUAAUCCAACUACUACAUCUACAACUACAACUAGUAAACGUCGUCGUAAUAAUCAAGUUUAUUUAUAAGAAUAGCAUUGAUUUUCUUUGUUUUUCUAAAUGCUCCAACUGCAAGUGUUAUUUCUUAAUCACGCUGAGGAUAACGAAUAAUAUCGACAACCGUUUAAACAAAUGUUGGAUAAUAACAUAAAUCUAAUACAAUUUUGUAGUAUGUAAAACAACAACAACAAGAACAAUUUAAAUCUUAAGCAGUUAAAUAGAAGAUCAACUUGACCCCAUACUAAACUAAUGAAAUAAUAAUUAUUAUUACUAAAACAAAAAGAAAACCUACUCCUUUACCAAACAUAUUAUUUUAUGUAAUGAAUGAAAUGUAACAAAUCAUCAUCAGCACUUUAUCAUUUAUCAUGAUCAUUUUGUUUGUUUGUUAUUUCAUUAACUCUUCCUACGCUUUGUUUUUAAUAACUUUUAUUAAGGCACUUUAUUAACAAAAAUUAAGCACAAUUACAAACAUUUUUUUGUUCCAAAGCACGCACGCACACAUACAAAAUGUUUAAUAAAACAUACAGUCCCACACACAAAUUAAGGAAAAAAUCUAACAAACGCACACACAACAAGAUUGACAAAAGUCCUUCCAAAAAGCAUUACAUUUUUACAACACUUUACAAUUGUUCCUAUUUUUUUUAUAGCAACAAUCAAAAAAAAAGUCCUCCUAACUUCAUAUCUUCCAAAAAUGUUUUUAAGAAGAAAAUAUAUAAACAAUUUGUUUUUGCUAAUUUUUUUUUCAAACAAUUUUAUACAAAAUGGACUUUUUAAGACCAAAAAUAAUAAAUUACAGAAAAAAAAAAUUAAAUUAACACUUUAUUUAGGUGUUUUUGUAUGUUUGUUUUUUUUUUAAUAUAAACGACUUGUUUUUAAGUGAAAUGAAUUGAUAUUGAUAUCAUUAUAAUGAAAUAGAAAAAUGUUCUAAAUGUAAACUAAAUUUAAGCAAAAACCCCAACUAUUUAAGUUUUAAAACAGCUUACUAACAAAAUUUAUUUCUAACAACAAUUUGUUUGCUUAAAUCGAAUCUCAUUUUUGAGAUUAUUUUAAAUUUUAAUAAAAUCAAAAUCGAAUAUUGCUAAAAAUUUAUAAUUUUCUCUUUUGUAAAAGUUAAUUUCAAAUUAAAUAGUGUUUUUUAAAAAAAGGUUUAGGGAAUUCUUUUGUUAGAAAUCUGUUUUAAACUAAAUAGUUUUUUUAAAAGUAUAGUUGUGUAAUUAUUUAUUUGAAUAAAAAAAGAAACACUAAAAAUUGUUUAACAUAUUUAUUAAAAUUUAUUUAACUUAUUUUUUUUUGUCAACUUAAUGUUUUUUUAAUGAUUUUAAAAUAGUAAACAGAAAAUUCUAUAAAAUUUUUUGAUCUUUAAGGGAAAAGUUUUUAAUUAUUAAAAAAAAUCGCAGCCAUUUUUUUUGUUCUUAUCUAACUGACAACUCUGUGCAAUAUACAUCCCUUAUAUUAAUCAGCUAUCUUGUGGUAAAUUUCUGUCUAAAUAAAAUCAUAGUUUAUGGCUGUUACAUAUCGCAAGUAAAUGCAUAAAUUUUUUAACAAUAAGUAAAUUUUACAGAAAUACUUCCUUCCCUCUUAAUAUUCAAUAAAUGAUGAAAUCUAUUUUCCAUACAGUAUUUUAAAGUGCAAUAUUUUAAAAAGAAAAUUUAUUAAAACAAAACUUCAGUUGAGUUGCCAGCAGUCAACGUAAUACCCUGUUCACACGGUGCAAUUAUUGUUAAUUCACGCUCUCAUUCAUCAUUCAAUUCCCAAUUAUGUUCAGUACAUGGUUGGCCAUACAAAAUAUCAGCUGCGAAUUACACAAUCUGUAAUUCAGUUUGAAUUACGUACGAAGUACGAAUAAAUGAGUGUUAUAUCUAAUUUUCAUCUGGUAUUUGUCAAAAUCAGCUGUUUUCAUUAGUUGGAGACUAAUAAAAAAUUUAAUUACCAAAAAAUGCAAAUAAAUAGAAAAUAUGCAAUCGAUAUCUUAUCGUUGUAUGUCAUACAAAUUUUUCAAAUAAAAUUUUUUGAAACAAAAACAAAUCAAUAUUAAAAAAAAUACAACAUACUACAAUACUACCGUACAACACAGAUUGUGAAUUGAACAAAUGUAAUAAACGUAUUUUUGUAUCAUACACACAAACAAAUAUUCAAAAAAAUACAAAAUAAUGAAUGAAAAGAAAAACAACAUGGAGAUGAACUGUCAAAACGAAUUACAAAUGUCUCGUAACAACAAGUUAAUUGGCUAUUGUCAUUCAGAGGCAGAAUUAAGUAAUUUAAUUGAUCCGUGUGAACUUGGUAUAACGCAACUGGCAUCUUGGAAAUAUGAACGUUAGAUUUCGUUAAUUGCCAAAAAUUUAUCGAUAUUCUGUCAUCUGUAGUUAUUUUGACAGAUUGGCAAGAAACAAUUUCGGUUGCUAUCGAUAAUUGAACCCAUUUCAAAAAAGAUUCAAUAGCAUUUUGUCUAUAACUAUUAUGAUUUUUCAAAAUGAUUAAAAAUAGAAUUUCAAAAUGGAAUGAACUGAUUUAUACUAAACACACAAGACAAAAACAACAACAACAA